UUUUGGAAUUCCAAACCAAAUAACUGCUCUCUUUUUGUUUGAAUACCAAACCUAUCUCUCACUCCUCUAUCUCUCACUCUCUCCAAACCCUAACCCUAGUCUUCUGCAUAUUCUUGGAUUAGCCGCCACUAUCUUCAUUCUUCGACCAGUGGAGAAUGAUGAGCGGCGACAGUGGAGGCGAUCAGCUAGCGGCGGCAGUGGCAGCGAUCGGCGAGCGGUGGCGAUAACUAAGACAGUCCCCAUUUCGAGCAGAGGCAUCAUUGGCAACAAAUAUAGGAUGGCAAGCACUAGGGGCGUGGGACAGAACAAUCUGCUGGAGUUGGUGUUAAUCAUGGGGUCAGAAUCAACUUUUGCUGUCAAAAUCAAAGGGAAUGCCACCUAUGUAGAAAGGAGUCAAAGUUGUCACAAGAUAAAGAGGCAUUUUGAUGAUGUUCAAAAAGCUCCUAGUCUGCUAUCUAAAGCACCAAAGAAUUCAAGGAAUUGGAUGACAAUAAGAGCAAGAAGGGACUUGUUGAAGGUCACGAGUGAGGAACAUUUUGAACAUGCUUUUGAAGGGGUAUCUAAUAGAAGGAAAAGUCUAGUUCUCAAUGAAGAUCUGGAAGGACAAAUUAAGGGUCUCUAUGAAAAGUCAGAAAUUUUCUGGAGAGAUGCAAAAUAUGGUUAAAGAAUUCAAGAACUUAGUUUUUUC